AUGGAUACUUCCACACUGACAGCCGUUGCGCUUGGCAUUGCUUUCCAAAUUUACGUCUCACCUAUACCAGAAGUUUCUAGCAUCAAAGUACUGGUUACAUAUUCCUGCUGCAACCUUCUGCUAGCUGUCUAUCUACUCACUUCAGGGCUUGUUUCAGAUACCAUAGUCCGCGUUACGACUCUAAACAUCACAUUUCUGACCACUGCCUGCCUACUGACCCUCGUCCGACGCGCUUUCUUCUCACCGUUGGCUAAUUUCCCGGGACCUCCGCAUUAUGCUUUGACAAACCUCUUCAAAGCAAAUCUUUAUCGCAUGGGCAAAAACGCAUAUACUAUUCUUGACCACCACAUCAAGUAUGACAGCGACGUAAUUCGCAUCGGACCCAAUGAACUGAGCAUCAGAAAUGUUGAGGCAAUUGAGCGACUUUACAAGGGGAAGUAUCCCAGAGGAACAUUCUAUGGCGCAGCUCGAGUCGAUGGUGCGACAAAUCUAAAUACGGAGGGAGAUUACGAACUCCAGACGCCCUGGAGGCGAAUUUGGUGA